UCUCCCCUUGCUAGCACAGGUUGCUCUGCUCUCAACCUGGAUUAUUUUGGUCCUGAGGAGGAGAGCAGAUCCAGCAGCAGCAGCAGCAGCUGUAGCAACAGUCCUCCACCAGGAGUUGACCGUGAGCUGUAUGAGUUGACCAUGAGCAAACUGGAAACUAGCAGUAACAGCUGCCACCUAGAGGAUACUUUGAAUCGCCUGAUGUCCGCUGCAGAGAAGACAAUCAGGAAACCCAGACAGCGUGAAGAGCUGAGUGUGGAGGCUGGCAGGGUGAUCGCCGGACUUCCUAACCUGUCCUUCAUGAAGGCCAAGGUCCUCAUGUUCCCAAGCAUCCUCAUACCCAAAGAAAGCAGUUCCUCAGACUUAAUGUGAUGUCCUCUCAACACACAUUCAUGCUCUACAUAUGCAGGAUUGAAAUACUCCAUAGAGAUUGAUCUUCCUGUUUUGGUCAAAAUACUCCACCUGCUGGCUAUCUUCAGUCUUAUCCCCAAAAAUUGAGCUCUUAGUCAGAAAAGAGGCAGAAUAACCUCAUGUAUAUUAUCUCAUGCAUUCAUUUCAAUUUACUUUAAUCUGCAAGUAUUACUCUUCUUAAAGUCAACACACACACGCUGAUUCACUCUAGAGAUUAUUUCAGCAAAAAUUAAUUUAAAUUGUUUAUUAUGGAUUAUUUAUGUAUUUAUUUUAUAUGAUAGAAUUAUUAUAAUAUUCUUG